UUUUAUUUUAUUUUUUCAUAUUUUAACAAUUAUUUUUUCGAGAUCCAUCCUAGGAAUUAGUACUCUUCGAUUCCACUCUACCUCAAAAUUCUUUUCUCUCUCAACAAUUUUUCAAGACUAAGUUUAUAAUUUUACUGCUAAAGACACAAACUUGUGUACUGUUAAUGUGCUUUGAUAAUGGAUUCUUUGCAUUUCUCACACUGUUAUUCUACUCUAAAUGCGAAAAAGAGACAACCCCAAAACCAAAUUUCGAAACAAUUCACUGUUCUUCCCCAGCUGAGUCAAACAAGUGUUAAAAAUUCAAUCUUGUUACCCAGAAAAAAAUUGGGGUUUCUCAUGGAUUAUAAAGGAAGGGGUACUGGAAUUGUACGUGCAGUUUCUUCUGUUGAAACCAGGGAAAAGCAUCAGAAAGGAAAGAACAACAAGAAUACUGAGAAGGUACAGUUGCGUGUUCGGCUUAAACACCAAGUUGAAUUUGGGGAGCACAUUGCAGUUCUGGGGUCGGCCAAAGAAUUAGGGUCCUGGAAGAAGAAUAUAAUGAUGGACUGGACAGAAAAUGGAUGGAUUUCGGAAUUGGAAUUACCAGCUGGUGAGAGUCUUGAGUAUAAGUUUGUAAUUGUCGGUAAGGACAAGAAUAUGUUAUGGGAAAACGGCAGUAACCGGAUCUUGAGGCUACCAGAAGGAGGAAGUUUUGAAUUGGUCUGUCAAUGGAAUGUGACGGAUGAGCCUGUGAAUUUGUUGCAAUUGGAUCCAUUUGUAGUAGAGGAGGAAGUAGAAGCGGCAAGUGAUAAUGGAGCUACAAUUACUGGCGAGGCUGCUGUUCUGGAUGCAGUAACAAGUCCGUUUGUGGAGCAAUGGCAAGGGAGGGCUGCAUCUUUUGUGCGAUCAAAGGACGAGCUGGAUUCCGAAAAAAACAGGAAGUGGGACACAUCAGGUCUCACUGGGAUUUCCCUAAAGCUCGUUGAAGGUGAUAAAAAUGCUCGGAAUUGGUGGCGAAAGCUUGAGGUUGUCCGCGAACUAGUUGUUGAAAACAUGGAUAGUUCACAGCGCUUGGAGGCUCUCACAUAUGCAGCUGUCUAUCUAAAGUGGAUAAACACGGGGCAAAUUCCUUGCCUUGAAGAUGGGGGUCACCAUCGGCCAAAUAGGCAUGCAGAGAUUUCCAGGCUUAUUUUUCGUGAAGUAGAAAAAGUCUUGAGUAGGCGAGACACUACACUUCAGGAAAUACUUGUAAUCCGCAAGAUGCAACCCUGCCUGCCUUCUUUUAAAGCCGAAUUCACUCAAUCUGUUCCGUUAACAAGAAUCAGGGACAUCGCUCAUAGGAAUGAUAUACCCCAUGACCUUAAGCAAGAAAUCAAACAUACUAUACAAAACAAGCUCCACAGAAAUGCUGGCCCUGAAGAUCUGGUGUCCACAGAAGCAAUGCUCGAAAGAAUUACCAAGAAACCCGGACAAUAUAGUGAGGCAUUUGUAGAACAAUUCAAGAUUUUCCACAAUGAACUAAAAGAUUUCUUCAAUGCUGGGAGUCUUGAUGAACAACUGGAAUCUAUAAGGGAAUCUCUCGACGAAAGUAAAUCGUCAAUGCUUUCAUCAUUCUUGGAGUCCAAAAAGGGAUUGGCUAUAUUGGAUGAAAAACAUAAUGUUUCAGAGACUGAAAGGAUGGGAUCUCUAGUCAGGACAAUAAACUCUCUGAAUGCUCUCCGGGAAGUAAUUGUCAAGGGUCUUGAAAGUGGGCUUCGAAAUGAUGCUCCGGAUGCUGCAAUAGCUAUGCGCCAAAAGUGGCGUCUCUGUGAGAUUGGGCUCGAAGACUAUGCGUUUGUCCUUUUGAGCAGGUUUGUCAAUGCAGUUGAAGCUCGGGGAGGAGCUGAUUCGCUUGCAGAGAAUGUAGCACAGAAAAAUGUUAGCUCUUGGAAUGAUCCAAUUGGAGCACUUAAUGUUGGAAUCCAACAACUAGGUCUAUCUGGUUGGAAACCUGAGGAAUGCAAAGCUGUUGGAAAUGAGCUUUUGUCAUGGAAAAAGAGGGGACUUUCAGAAACCGAAGGCAGUGAAGAUGGUAAGACCAUAUGGGCAUUGAGACUAAAAGCUACUCUUGAUAGAAGUCGGAGGUUAACUGAGGAGUAUUCCGAGACACUUCUCCAAAUAUUCCCUGAAAAAGUCCAGAUUUUAGGGAAAUCUUUGGCGAUUCCUGAAAAUAGCGUGAGAACAUUCACUGAAGCUGAAAUUCGAGCAGGUGUGGUUUUUCAGGUUUCAAAGCUUGCUACACUACUUUUGAAGGCUACUAGAAGGACAAUUGGGUCUUCGGGCUGGGAUGUUCUCGUUCCAGGGGAUGCUUUUGGCCAGCUAAUACAGGUGGAUAGAAUUGUCCCGGGGACCCUACCAUCAUCGGCGACAGGACCUGUUAUUCUUGUAGUGAACAAAGCUGAUGGAGAUGAAGAGGUGACAGCAGCAGGAAGUAACAUAUCCGGGGUUGUACUUCUACAGGAGCUACCUCAUUUAUCUCAUCUAGGUGUUAGGGCGCGGCAGGAAAAGGUAGUUUUUGUGACCUGCGACGACGAUGACAAAGUUUCUGAUAUAAGAGAACUACUUGGAAAAUAUGUGAGGUUAGAGGCAUCAUCAACUGGUGUAAAGUUAACUUCCUCUUCAUCAGAGAAAGGCACUGGUGUUUCCCAAAAAAAACAUCUCUCAGUUACUGCUUCAUCUACGAGUACAGCCUCAUCGGACAGUAGUGCUUCCUCAAUUGCUGUCAAAUCUUCUCAUUCUAAAGAGGUAAAUAACUUUUCUUGCCGAUGACAUGUUUCUGUAAA